GCGUCCGAGGAGCCCGCAGCGGCUCCGGGCUCAGAACUCUCCCGGCUUGGAGAGCGGGCGGGAGCCGGGGGCCGGGCUGGUGCGGGCGGCGAGGAGGCUGAGGAGGCGCGGAGGUAGCAGGGAGGCCGGGGCUUAGCGCCCGGCGGCGUCGGGGCCGCGGCCUCGUACCGGCCGCAGCCGCUUCCCUUGGCGCGUUGCUGGCACAGGGUCUCUGCGCCCAGGGCGCACGGCGGGCAGGGACGCAGCCCGGCCGCCUGGCCGCCAUGGAGCCGGCCCCCUCCCGCGACCCCGAGCUGCAGCCCCAGCUCCUCGCCAACGCGUCGGAGGCGUUCCCCAGCGCCUUCCCCAGCGCGGGUGCCAACGCGUCGGGGCCGCCAGGAGCACGGAGCGCCUCUUCCCUUGCCCUGGCUAUCGCCAUCACCGCGCUCUACUCGGCGGUGUGCGCCGUGGGGCUCCUUGGCAACGUGCUCGUCAUGUUCGGGAUCGUCCGGUACACUAAGAUGAAGACGGCCACCAACAUCUACAUUUUCAACCUGGCCUUGGCAGACGCCCUGGCCACCAGCACACUGCCCUUCCAGAGUGCCAAGUACCUGAUGGAGACAUGGCCCUUUGGGGAACUGCUCUGCAAGGUCGUGCUCUCCAUUGACUACUACAAUAUGUUCACCAGCAUCUUCACGCUCACCAUGAUGAGCGUCGACCGCUACAUUGCCGUCUGCCACCCCGUCAAGGCCCUGGACUUCCGCACCCCUGCCAAGGCCAAGCUGAUCAACAUCUGCAUCUGGGUCCUGGCCUCCGGUGUCGGUGUACCCAUCAUGGUCAUGGCUGUGACCCGCCCCCGGGACGGGGCAGUGGUGUGCAUGCUCCAGUUUCCCAGCCCCAGCUGGUACUGGGACACGGUGACCAAGAUCUGCGUGUUCCUCUUCGCCUUCGUCGUGCCCAUACUGGUCAUCACCGUGUGCUACGGCCUCAUGCUGCUGCGCCUGCGCAGUGUGCGCCUGCUGUCGGGCUCCAAGGAGAAGGACCGCAGCCUGCGGCGCAUCACCCGCAUGGUGCUGGUGGUGGUGGGCGCCUUCGUGGUGUGCUGGGCCCCCAUCCACAUCUUCGUCAUCGUCUGGACGCUGGUGGACAUCGACCGCCGCGACCCGCUGGUGGUGGCCGCGCUGCACCUGUGCAUCGCGCUCGGCUACGCCAACAGCAGCCUCAACCCCGUGCUCUACGCCUUCCUCGACGAGAACUUCAAGCGCUGCUUCCGCCAGCUCUGCCGCACGCCCUGCGGCCGCCCAGAGCCCGGCAGCUUCAGCCGCGCCCGCGAAGCCACGGCCCGCGAACGGGUCACCGCCUGCACCCCGCCCGACUGCCCCGGCGGUGGCGCCGCCGCCUGACCCGGGGCCGGCGGGCCCGCCGCGCGUCCCUCCGGAGGGACCCGGCGGUUAGGCGGAGUCCUAGUGGGGGCGGGGGCCACGACGCGAGUUGGGGCGGGCGGGGGCCGUGCGGUGGGCUGGAUCGCUGGUCUGGGACGGGCGGGGAGUGGGCCGGACGGCGGGGCGAUGCCUCUAGGCCGAGCUCAAGGUCAAAGGCUUUGGGUUGGGGCGGGGGGAGCUCGCUAGCCCAGGGCAGUGGACCUGUGGCUCUGGGAUUAGGCCGCUAAAUGGGGGGCCCUGCCACGAGAUCUAGUUGGAGCUGGGUUGGCGGGAGUGGGAGUCUGGUUUGAGACCCGGCCCAGGACCAAGGAGGGCCAGUGCUGGGGACGGUGCAAUCGAGCUUCAAGAUCGGGCCCAGAUGUGAUGAGGAGGGGCCUCCUCUGGGGGUGAGUUGAAGGACAGGACCGUGAGACGGAGGCUCCAGCUCCGGAUUGGCCUGGGAGAGAGAGCUCGGGUGCAAACAAUGGGGCCGCAGCUUGGAGUCAAGUCCCAGCCCCCGAGUUCCAGAAAGGGGCGGGGCUCGCCGAGGUCCAGGCCCAAUUUGCCAUUUUUAUGAACGAAUAGAAAAUAAACUAGAAACUAUACAACUUUCUCUCCUCGACAGUCGUUUCCCUGGAAGGGGCAGGGAGGCGCAGCAACGAAGUGGAGCUUGAGAUGGGACAGUGGAGGUGCAGGACCCGGUAGCAAGCAAGGCGGGCCUCAGCUGGGGCGGGGUCCCCACGGGGAGGAGCAGGAGGGCCUGCGAAUCCCAAACCAAUGCCAAAGGCUGGUGAGGGGGGUUGAGGCAAAGGGAGGGGGCUUCUACUUUGAAGUUAGGUCCUCAAGCCACAGGGAGGACACUUUGGGGGGUCCCCAAGACCCUUGUUUCUCUGGCCCAGGUCCUGGAGGACAGAGGGCCAUGCCAAUAGCUCCGUGAGUGUCGGAGGCCCCUGGCUCUGGGUUGGGGGUUGGGGGCCUCUGAAGCACCAGGGUGGCAUUUUCCUUCUCUCAGACGCUGGCACCUUGAUAAGAACCUCCAAGAAAUCCCCUCUCCCUUCUCCCAACAUCUGGCUAUACCCAGUAUGUCUGAUGAGCUGCAUCCCGGCUCUGGGACCUGACUAGGAAGGGACUGGGGGGAGAAGGCUUUUGUAACGUCAGUGCCAGCAUCAGUCUGUGUCCCCAGGCCCCACCCCCUGCGCACGCUGACCCCUUCAAGCUGCUGAGGGCAAGGUCCACCAGAGUUAGGCACAGUCGUUUUCCUUUUCACUUGGCAUUUUAUUCCGGCAUCCCCAGAUCUUUGCUUCCCCCUAUAUCAGGGUCUGGUCUGUUCUCUGUGUCCCCCACCCCAAGCUUCACCUCCACCAUCCCCCCACCUCUCCCCUCUUUUCCCAACACCGCCUCUGUCACAUACACCCUGACUCCCUAUUGAAGCGGUGUGCUGACAUCUUUGUAAAAACAAAUUUAAUUUUCUUCCCUUUUUGGGACAGAUGGAAAGAAAUUGACGUCUUUGUCUCAAACAGGGGAAAAAAAAAAAACAAUAUACCUCUUCUCUCUUUGACAGUCGUUUCCUUGCAACAAAAGCCUUUCUCCUCUCUGGGAGGCUGUCACUCCAGCAGGGGCUGAACUAGCAUUCUGGGGGUUGGGGCUUAGGCACCAAGGUGGGCUUUGGGCACAAGAGGGGCAGGGAUGCCCUUAGUGGGCAAAACAUAGUCACCUUCUCAGGAUGAGAAGCCCCAGACCUGAAUGUCCUUCCUUCAGGAAGUGGCUCCACCAGUGUCCUGGAAGAUGUGAGAUCGUAGCCAGCACUCCGAUCCAGGCUGCUAAGCUAUCAAGGCCUGGGGUCCCAGUCCACCUGGAUCAUUGUUACCAUCUAAAUGGAGCUUGUGACUAAAAAGAUCUCUGUGUCUUAAUGGGGUGGGGGGUUCAGCAAGGCAGGGAACACACUCUGGGACACUUAUUAUCAUCACUUGGGACCCCUCCUGCUAGUGCCUUCUGGAGACGUAUAGAAAGGGGACAAUUUAGGAACCAGGGAAGACUCUUGAAGGAGGUGACAUUGGAGCCAGAGCUCUUUAUUCUCCUUGCAAAGAUUGGGUCCCCACUCCAGAUCCAGUCACUGCCAUUUCCUGUGGCUGUCUGGACCUGCCUGCUUGUUGCCAAUCCACAUAUAUAAUUUCGUCUUGGAGUCAGCAGGGGUCGGGUCCAGACCACGUGCAUUUAAGGUAAAGCAAACAUGUUGAAGUCUACUUCCUGUGCACACUGGGCACUGGGACUCAGAAGUGAGUCCGAUAUGACCCCAUCCUCAGAAGAUUCGAGCCUAUGCUUGGACCAAAGCAUAAAUGAAUCUUUGCAACUCAGUGUGAUUCACGCGGGGUGACAGGGAGCCCCGGCAUGGGUGGGGGUGUUGCAGGGAAGUGCCUGUUCUAGCUUUUUACUGAAACCCGUAUUUGUAGCAAUUCUGAGAAGGGUGGAAAGGGUCAGAGGGCCUUAAAGGAUGACUAGGAGUUAGCCACCAAGAAGAGAGAGCAGUGUGUGCAAAAGCGUGGAAUGAUCAAGCGCUUGGUAAACCCAAGAAAUUGUGUGCAGCUGAAGUGUGGGGCUCAGUCGAAUGCUUCUGUGUGCUGGCCCCCAAGCCACGAGCUUGAUGCCCAUCAUUUCUCUGGCCCAUGACAGCCCAGUGGAGCAAGUAAUCCUGUCUUUAUUUUAAACAAGAAGUCAGGCUCAGAGAGGUCAAGCCACUUACUCCUAAUUCACCGAGCCUAUUCGUGGUAGCAGAACUCAAGUCAGAACUCCAGGGUCCAAGUUGCCAGUGAAUUCCAGGCAUCAUUGAAGUAUAAAAGCCUUAGUAGCUGGUAUCCUGGGGUGAAGUUUUUGGAAACUUAAAACUAAAUGGGAAAAUCUGAGGGAAAAGGGCAAUUUUCCGUGAACUUUUGUUCCUCCUGAAGCUCUCCAAAUCUUCAAGCUUCAAAGUGUAUUGUGCAUGAUGCAUUUUAAAGCUCCAAAUUGACAAUGUAAUUCUAGAUCAUCACCGGGCUCUCAAAGCGGUGGAGUAGGUCUGAUUUUCUACAAAAUUUCCACUCCUCUCUUUACAAGAGGUAGGAGGAAAGUUUUUGCUUCUGGUUUCAAAAUGUCCUACAAUUUCAUAUCUCUUCUUGUAAUAGAAGUAGUGGUUAAAGCUGGGGUCAGAGCUAGGCUUUCCCUCUCUGUGCCUCAGUUUCCUCAUCUGUAGAGUGGACUUCCUUCAUGGGAUUGUUGUAAGGAUUUAAUAAAUUAAUGUAUGUACAGGGCCCUGCACAUGGGCUAUUAGUGUGUGGAAAGUAUCCAUUAUUACUCAAAAGUAGAGUUGCUGUGCAAGGUCAGAGCUGGAGACCCAGAUGGGAAAGGAGGGGAGCUUUCAGGGGUAGUGAUGAAGAGAGAAGAGAUGGGGGACCCAGCCUGGGGAUCCCCUGCUUUGUAGGCGCCACCAUGGAGAGUGAGAAGCUGCCAGAGAGGAAGGAGGAGGAUGGGGAGAAUGUGCUACCAUGGAAACCGGAGGAGGAGGGCGUUCCCAGGGGGAGGGAGUGAUGGAUAAUGUCAAGUGUCAUGUCAGAGAGGUUGGGUGGGGAGGGCAGGAGAGUGAUGGGAGUAAACCGGAGCCUUCAGGUUCAGUCUUCGGCGUGGCCUGGAACCCUCAACAAUGGAUUCAGAAAUCAGCUCUGAUGCUAACUGUCUGGCUGUGUGACCUCAGUAAGGAAUUUGCCCGCUCUGUACUUCUGUUUCCUCCUAGACUUAAGACAAGGGAAUGAGUCAGCCUCUAAUACGAUGCUCAGUUUCUAAUAAGUGUCCUGAUUUUGAUGGACUCUUGACCAUUUCUAGCAGUAUGAUCUUAAGCAAGUUGCUUCACUUCCAAGUGCCCUCCCAAGUGCCCUCUCUGAAGGACAGAGAGAGCACACGAAAAGUGAAAGUGUUCAUUGUUCAGUCAUGCCCAACUCUUUUCAACCCCAUGGACUGCAGUCCACUGGGCUCCUCUGUUCAUGGACUUUUCCAGGCAAGGAUACUGAAGUGGGUUGCCAUUUCCUUUUCCGGGGGAUCUUCCCGACCCAGGGAUCAAACCUGGGUCUCCUACACUGCAGGCAGUUUCUUUACUGACUGAGCUACCAGGCUGCAUAGUAGGCCUCCAAGCCAGGGUUCUCCUGUAAUAAGAAUGGGGGUGCCAGAGGCUGCUGUCUAGGGAGGUUUGCUUGGCUUGAAAUUUGAGCUGUUCCCUAAGAUGGAGAGGGGUCACCAUGUCCUGAGAGGACUUGGAGGAGCAACAGUCCAGGUUGGGCAUCUGCUGGGCCUCUGGCCCAAGACCAGCCCCUUGGUCAUCAGCAGCAGAUCCUCAGCCUGCCUUCCUACCUGGCAACUACUGCAGAUCCAGGCUGGGAGCCAGCUCAGGGCCUCCAAAACCCCUAGGAAGUUGUCCCCCUGGAUCCUGACUCCAGCACUCACAUACAACACACACACACACAUAACACUCACACACACACACCCUUUUCUCUUAUCAUUUAUCGUCAUCAUUUCUUCCUUUAUUUCAUUUCUGGGCACUGUGCACAUAGUACAGAGUCAGGGGAAGUGAUGGGUGAGGAGUCUGUAGCAGGGGCUCGAAUUGCAGGCUGGGUGGUUCUCGGGGCGGGCAGCUUGGAAAUUCAGAAUGGUAGCCAGAGGGGAGCUGACGCGGUCAGGAUGGACCCCCUGAUGGAGCAGAGCACUGGGCUCAGGGCUUGCUCAAUCUCUGAUUCAUCAGUGGCAGCUGCCACGAGCCCCACCUGUGAGCAGCUCUUCCCGGACACGGAGUGCCUUCGCAUCCCCAUCUCGGUGAGAGGCCAGUAUCGUCACAACAGGUAAUACAGACGGCACGUGGGGCCCUUCGUUGUUCUAGGCACUAGAUAUGGGGUGACACUUCAUCUUCACAGCAUAACUAUGAACAGGCAUUACUGUUACCCCUAUUUUAUAGGUGAGAAAACUGAGGCUCAGAGAGGGCAAUGACUUGCCUAAGGCCACACAGCUGGUCCGUGGCUGGUCCGGCUAGAAUGCUGUCUUGGGUCUGUCAAGUCCACUUCCUCUGCUUGCCUGACUCCCAAGCAGACACUCUGUGAUUACACGAAGGAGUACUAGGGAGACCCUGGCGUCCAGCUCCCAAGUGUGAACAGCACACCCCCCACCCCGGCAGGCCCCGUGUCUCAUCACCUGGGUGGCAGGGGCACCGGCCGGCGGCCGCCUGAGAAACUGCUGUGACUUCGGCAGUUGCUGCUCUCCCAUCCAGUCCCCCCGCCUCAGAAGACUGCUUUGCUCUGUGCACUUGUGGACUGCCUGCCUUGUCUGUGCUGUGUGACCUCGGGAAGUCACUUCACUCCUGAACCCAUUUCCUCCAUGGUGGACGAUGACGCUCCCCUGGUAAGAAGUUGUGGGGAUUUACAAAGAAGCUAUGAGUGAAGGACCUGUCUGUCUGGGUCACACGAGCGUUCCUGGCAACUGACCUGCAAUGCACACAGUAGUUGUUCUGCCGAGUGGAGGAGAGAGGUGCUUGGCCUGCAGUAAGUGCUCAACAUAUGGAGCUUUUUAACAUUAUCUGAUGUUCUUGUUUAUCCCUGCUCUGACUCCGUCUCUGAACGCUGUAGGUUGGUCAGGAGCAAAGAACUUUCCUUUUUAGCCAUCUGCCUGAGUUUGCGUUUCAGAAGGUGGGACAGCAUGCAUUGGAGAGGCAAACUUCAAGAAGAUGUCUUCUCUCCAGGUACCUUCUACAGAGCUGUCCCCUUUGGUCCUUGCCGGGACUCAGAGACCCUAGAUUGGGGCACAGCCUGGGAGGGAAGAAAGGUCCCCAGGUGGCACCGGCCUGGGCCUCCUGGCCUGCAUGGUUGAAUCAUGGAGAUGGUGUCCCUGGGGAGGUGUCAGUGCAGGUGACAUCCAUCCAGUGGGUCAUCUUCUAGAAUCUCCUCUUGAAAUGAGUCCCAACCCAGUAGACAAGGAACAUGGGUUUGACUCUCCAUCUCCCACUUGCUGUGUGCCCCUGGGCGGGGCUCUGUCCCUCUCUGGGCCUCUGCACCAUGGACAUGGGUUGAUGGAUUCUGAGGGCACUGCCUUCCUGGGAGAGAAAGAGAUGUUUCCCUCAUGUUCCUCAAUCCCAGAAACAGACAUCUAUUGGUAAAAUGCCCUGGGCAUUUGCCAGAGACUGGGAGAACCAGAGGCCCUCUAGGGGUCCAGUGUGUGUCACUGGAGUUGUCCCCCUUUGCGGGUGAGGGAGGCAGGCGUGUCAGAAAUGAAGCUUGGCUCAGACACCUGGCUUUUGCCUCUCCCAGGUUCCAUUUGGGGACCAAGGACCCAACUUUCUGUUUUCCCAAUAAAGU